UGUGCGUCGGCGCCGGAAGUGCCGGGGCUCGCGGCUGAUUCCUGGGCAGUAGUGAGCUGAGUGGAUUGUAACGCCGAGUAGCCGCCGUCUCCUCCCUCAUCUCCAGCCUUGUUGCGGGGCGCGUUGUCGUUUGUCGCCGCCAUUCUUGAGUUCUCAGCCGCCGCAGGACGUAACAGUCAACAUGUCAAGCAAAAGGGCAAAGACAAAGACCACCAAGAAGCGCCCUCAGCGUGCAACUUCAAAUGUAUUUGCUAUGUUUGAUCAAUCACAGAUACAGGAAUUCAAAGAGGCCUUCAAUAUGAUUGAUCAGAACCGGGAUGGUUUUAUUGACAAAGAAGAUUUACAUGAUAUGCUCGCUUCCUUAGGGAAGAAUCCAACUGAUGAAUACCUAGAUGCCAUGAUGAAUGAAGCUCCAGGUCCUAUAAAUUUUACUAUGUUCCUCACAAUGUUUGGGGAAAAGCUAAAUGGAACAGAUCCAGAAGAUGUCAUCAGAAAUGCUUUUGCUUGCUUUGAUGAAGAAGCUACAGGCACCAUUCAGGAAGAUUACUUAAGAGAAUUGCUGACAACAAUGGGAGACAGGUUCACAGAUGAAGAAGUAGAUGAGCUGUAUAGAGAAGCACCUAUUGACAAAAAGGGAAAUUUCAAUUAUAUUGAGUUCACACGCAUCCUUAAACAUGGAGCAAAAGACAAAGAUGACUGAAAGGAAAUGUCAAAUUCAUGCCAACAGUUGUUAUUUUCACUUUGUUUAUUUCUGAGACUUUCUGAUACUGUUUGCAUGUACUCAGCUUUAUAGCUUUUGCCUCUCAUGUAUUUAUUCCAAACCAUUUGGGGUAUACUUGCACCUCUGUAAUCAGACUGGAAAAGGGGGUGGCGGUUAUCACUUUUUAAAACUGAAGUAAAAUAGAAUUGGAGAAAUUAUCAUUGACUUGUGAAAGCCUAAGGGGAAAAAAAAUCUCAAAUUUCUGGUUUAGCUGGAUUUUUUUUACACUUUUUGUAAUAAAUACUUUUAAAAUAAAGGUUGUAAACAAAGUAUUUCCACUAAAUACAGAUAUUAGGUGUAUUUAAGUAAUUUCUGAAAAUAAAAAAAUCUAGUGUGUUAAAAUCUCAGCGGCCAAAUACUUAGUUAUAGCUUAUGCAUGAAUCAGAAAUUUCUUCCUCUGGAAGAGGUGUUAACUCCUCUAUUCUUUAUUCUUGUGCCAGAUUAAAAAUAUUUCUGAGAUGUAGUUCUUGUUCAAAACCUUUAGCUCAACAAAAACUAAUCAGCUGAUGGCAGCUUGGGCAUUUAUUUAGUACUAUUCACUGCUUCCACAAAAUAUGCAGAUAAAGUAAACUGUAGAAAAAAUGAGAGUUACCUACUUGUUUUGCCUCCAUCUCUAACUUUCUGUCUACCGCCACCAUCUUUGUAUUCCCAGUGCCUCUUAGCGUCCCAGACACUGAAUAACUAACUGUUGAACCAAAAGUUAAAUGAGUGCCAUAAGUGCCAUAACCUUAUUUGUAUGAGGUUUCCUUUGCUCUCUUCUAAUUUCUGAUUUACAUUUGCAUUGUUAAUUUGUAGUGCUUGGGUAGCUUUAAUCCUAACCGAGCUAUGCCUUCCAUUAUGUAUUUUGAACAUUUGAGCCCUGCUUAAGUUCAUAAAACAAGAUUAUUCCAUGUUUAAUUCCAAAUUUGUAAAUUUUUGUCAGAAUAGUUGCCUAAAUUCAUAAAAUUAUCUCAAUAGAGGAUGAAUCUAAGUGCCUUAAAAUUGGAAUUUUGUCUUUUUUUUUAAUUAUGGUUUGUGGCUGUUAGAUUUCUUAAGAGGAAUUUCCAUAUAUAUCUUUAUUGAAGUAUCUGCCAUUUGAAUGGAAAGCCUUUAAAGGUGUAUUACAUUUUAUCUAAUAUUGCACAACACUUUGCACUGAAUUAUAUAAUGAAUCCUAGGCCUUACAUGGUCUCUUCUUCAUCUCUACAGCACUGAGCAAAAUACAUAUCCCUUAGGAAAAAGGUAUAUAAAAGUUUUUUAGCUCUACCGUAUUUCAAGUUAUAGCAUAGUCCUGUAUAAGUGUUGCGUAAACCAUAAUUUGUUCUUAGAGAUAUUGCUUCAUAAUUGAAUUUGGCAUGUUACAUAUAUAACACAGGUGUGUUCUAUUUAAGCACAAAUAUUUGUACUUUGAUAAAAUGAGGAUUCUUUAAAGCCAGUGAGUUUGAAGCAAACAAGUCUGUGUCUGCUCCUAAGUUUUGUUUUAAACUUUUGAAAUCAUGAAAUAAAUUUAUCAAUUAGAAGAAA